AUGGUCCGAGCCUGCGGCGCGAUAAUGAUCCGACGCGUCCCCAUGGCUUCGACAUCACCUAGGACGGAUGCAUACAAAUUUGGUACUCUGAUACUCCUUCGGAACUCGAAGAAUCCUAGUCCUAGAGCUGUUGCGCAUCUCUUACUAUUGAAGGCGUUAUUCCUUCCAGACUCCCGACGCCAAGCACAAGACACAUCUGGGUACGAUGGCAAGAUCAUCAAGCCUGAACCCAUGGACGAAGAUGUCGAGAUGACGGACAGCCUCUCCAUACCUGAAGCGCCUUAUGAACGAAGGCCUGCUGCGGGCAUUGCAGUCGUGCUGGUAAGCAGUAGCUAUGGCGGCUUUCUGUACGAAGCUCGUGGUGUAUGCACGCCCGUCAUCGAAGGCCGAGCAAAUCGUCGCCGCAGUCUCCAGGCCUGUCGAUGUCGCUGCAGCAUACCGCGUAUCUUGAAAGAAAAGGCUCAGCUGAGGGAUGAUGCUAGGGAUGAAAAGCAGCGGCUCGGUCCGUCCUUGCACGCUGAUCACGUAUCGUACAACUACCCAGCCCAUCGACCUUUCUCUGCGAGUAGGAUCAACAUGCCGACGGAGCACGACCAUCAUGGCCCAGCGUCGUACUUACCUACCUCUCUGGACUUCAUCAACUUGCCAAAUCCCAUCCAGCCUGCUCCGCAGCUCCAAAGGCAUCCCCUAAACGGCACGCCGCAUCUUGAGAAAGCACGGCUUGAGAAUGGGUCUAAUCAAGAUCGAGACCUAUUCAAGCUGAUCUUGCAAUCUCCUUCAGAGAGACCUUCGAAGAGACAGAAAUCAAGUACCGAAAACCCUCAGCUCGAUCUGCCAAAGCUGCCAGCUCGACACAAUGCCAAGCGCCAUCGCCUUCCCCCGACACUGUCUGGACUGCAUCAGCCGCCACCUGACUCCGGACUUCUACCAUCCAUCAAUACUGAGCAACCAGAAAUACCCCCGCCAAGGCUGAUUGAAAGCAGUAAUCAAAAAAAACCCACAGAUGAGCCAGCUCUCGCCCCGCCACUUAUUGCCACUGCAAGUGAGGAACAGCCAUCGUCGCAAAAGUCUAAUCCGAAGACCGAGAGAGGACGGACGAAACGCACACGAUGGUCCGAUGAUGAGACGCGAUGUCUGCUGAAAGGAGUCGAGCAAUUUGGAAUUGGCAGCUGGACCAAGAUUCUCAACUGUCCAGAAUAUACUUUCAACAACCGUACAGCCUUGGAUCUGAAAGACCGCUUCCGAGUCUGUUGUCCUGAUUCGUACAAGCGCACUAAGAUGCCGAACUAUGCAAAGAAUCGCCGAUCCGACAGCGAGGCUAGCAAUGUGCCCAUACGUGGUCCAGCGCAACGCACGACAACUACCGCCGAGGAAACAGGCAUCGAAGCCGUUUCGUCUGCCACGCGUGAGAAGUAUGGCGUGAGCGAGCCAUUCAAAAAGACUGAACGCAGAUCCAGAACUGGUUGGAGCAAAGCGGAAGAUGAAGCCUUGUUCCGAGGCUUCAAGAAGUAUGGCAAUGAAUGGGCUGCCAUGCGAGAUGAUCCUGGUCUCGGGUUAGGCCAUCGGCAGCGAGCAGAUCUACGAGGUCGUAUGCGCACGCGUUACCCCCGGGAAUAUGGCAAACCGGGCCUUGGAACGAAGAAAGCUGAAAAAUCCGCUGCAUCCGGGACGACGCAAGAUGAAGCUGCGAAUGAAGUCGGCGUCGCAGAAGAAUUUCCCACUUUGGUGUCAACGACAUUCUCGGAGACAAUUCUCAGCAAAACUGUGCCUGCACCUUUGAAAGCAGCAGAAAGCAAACGACCUCCUCAGCCACGCCUUUUCUCCUUGGACGAUCUCUAUCUCGGUCCAUUUGGUAUCGACGAUGACGAUGUAGACAACGAGCGGAUCGUGCUCGAUCGAGGGAUUUUAGACUGGGUACCAAACGACACCUCGCGCCCUUCAAUCUCGGCCUCAGUGGCGGAUGGAAAUCGCAGUCAUGGCAUUAAUCCUCAAAUGACUUUGAAAUUACCGAAACCUAACCCUAUUAUCAUACCGAGCAGCAGCAGCAGUAGCAAUAACAAUGCGACUACUACAUCUUUACCCGCGCUUGCGACAUUGCUGCCACCGGAGACUGUUGAUCCUGAUCAGCUUGAGCUGCCGCCGCUUUCGCAGUGGUAUGAUGAAGGCACUAGGACUGCGGGGAUGACUUUGGAGGAGAUCUUGAGUUAG